AUGGGUAGCGAAGUACUGCAGGACAGGCUCGGCUUCGUAGAUGCCCUGAAGCAUGACAUCUCGAGCUACCUGGCCACCGGGGAGGAGCCUUCCGGUGGAUUUCCAGCCUCAGACCGCCUGAACUUGGGAGACUACCUGGCCGGCCGAAUUCUCUGCUAUGCCAAGCCCGAGGAGGAUCCCUUCGAGGGAGAUGAGGGCCGCUGGCCCACGUCGCCCUCGUCGCCCUCGGGGCUCCCGCGGCCCUUUGGGGCGCCUCUGGCGCCAGGCUCCAUCCUCUGGCCUCCCAGGCCAAAGUACGGCGACGUGCUUUCGGCUGCCGGGGGUCGAAGAUAUGAGGCUCCGGAGGGGCUCUCCGUACCGGUGCUUCCCAUGAGCGACUCAGGAAGUGAAAGCGACGGCUUUGCCGGCUCCGACGACGGCUUUCCCGGGUCCCGGCUCGGACUGGGUAAGAAGCCCCGCCGCAGGGAGCCUGGCAGAGCUCAAAACGAACUCGGCUGCAGUGUGCCGACGCGUGAUCUGGCAGAAGACCUGCUGGAGUUCACCUCUUGCUUUGAGAGUGGAAACUUGCGAUAUGUCCUCUUCGACAAAGACGCCGAAGAGUACCUACUUUUUCUUGACAAUGACAUCCGCAGCCGCGGCCACACUCAGUGGUUUUAUUUUGCUGUGCGAAACGCGAAAGCGGGCCGGUUAUACCGCCUCCGCAUCGUGAAUAUGUCCAAAUCCAAGUCGCUUUUCCGGAUGGGCAUGCGUCCGGUGGCGUGGUCCGAAUUGAAUGCACGAAAAGCUUGGUCCUCCUCGAAGCGCAGCUUCGAGGCCUCACUCUGGGAUGGUGUGGCCGGGCUUUGGAAACCCGCGGGGAAGGAUGUUCGCUACUACAGGACGCUAGCGCUGCCUGGUAGCGCUAGCAGCGGUCAUCACACGCUGGCCUUCGACUACGUCUUUGAGUCGAAGAACGACUGCCUUUUCUUCGCAUACUACGUGCCCUACACGUAUUCGAUGCUCCGGUCCACCUUGUCGCACGUCGCCAGCGACCCGGCGACCCGGGUCUUCUGCCGAUUGAAAAAUCUGGCAGUGACCGUGGGUGAGGCGCGCUGCGACCUCCUGGUCAUUUCGAACCCUGCUGUGCCCAAGAGGAUGAAGAAGGUAGUAAUGGUCAGCUCCCGUGUACAUCCCGGCGAGAGCAACGCCAGCUGGCUGGUCCACGGUCUCAUUGGCUUCCUUCUCUCACCUUCUGCGGAUGCGCAGGUCCUUCGAGACAACUUCGUGUGGAUGGUUGUGCCCAUGCUCAACCCCGAUGGCGUUCUCAGUGGAAACUACCGUUGCGGUCUCUGUGGAAUGGACCUCAAUCGCCAGUGGCGUUCUCCUCACGAACUUCUCCAUGCUCCUGUUUUCAAGCUGAAGAAGCUGGUGGCGAAGAGCCGGUCUAAGCUAUGUACAUACCUGGACCUGCACGGUCAUUCCCGGAAGUGCGGCAUCUUUGCCUACGCCUGCGGCCAGUUUGCAGAGGAGGACCACCGCCGCUUCACUGUUCGGAUGUAUCCGAAGCUCUUGUCUUUGAUGAUACCGGAGUUCAACAUGAACAGCUGCCGGUGGACCGUCGGCAAGGGGAAGCGUGGCACAGGCCGCGUGGUGGUCGCAAAGGAUCUGGGUAUUACGAACGCCUACACCAUCGAGGCCUCGCUCUGGGGCUCCGUGGACGUCAAUGCCGUCGAGGAGGAGGGAGCCCUCGGCUGCGGUGGGGAGGACCCGCCGCUGGGCACCGCAGUCGUGGCCUUCACACCUCUCCGACUCCAGCUUUUCGGUGCAGACCUGGCAAGGGCUUUGAUCCUCCAGCAGAACUUGGCCCCGAUGGUGAAGGCCCGCUUGAGAUCGCAUCGCGCUUGGGACGGUCACGCCGCCGCGACACUGGGGCGCAAUCUGCCCCUCCUUCCCCUCGUUGAGAACGACAAGGAAGCAGCGAAGAGGGUCCUUGAAAGGCGUGCCAAGCUCUCCCAGCGUUGGAAGCCGGACCGCUCCGCCUUUACGGCUCUCCACCUGGAUGUCUGCCGCUUCGGCAGGAAGUAUAGGCGACUGCGCUCCGUGAGAGCGAAAGCCCGUCUGCGAAUCCGCAGAGCAAGGGCCAAGGGCGUCGCCCCGCUAAGAAGGGACCUGUCCCGCCUUCAGGCGCACCACUCGGCACCCGUCUACCGAGAAGCCCAAUCUUCUAUGGGCCGCAAGGACAAAUGGCCGCAAGACUGGGAAGAAUCUUGGCGUGGACAACAGCCACAUGGUGGCUGGCAUGGACGACCUCGGGGCAAAGGCCAGGACAAGGGGUGGGACCAGCCGAGACACCCCCGGAAGGAUGCCGAGGAGCCGAUCUUCCCCACGUUCGACGAGAUGAUGGUGAUGCCGAAUGGUGGAAAGGGAGCAGCGACGGCACAGGCCACCGAGAAAGCCAAGGGCUCGGGCCACAGGACUAUGGACCUGGUUACUGGAACUCAGCGCCUGGUCAACAACCUGAGGAAGGCCGAGGUGAAAGUGCGCAAAACGGAGGAGAAGAUGGGCUACCUGAAGGAGCAGUGGGCUGCCUACCAGGAAAAGCUCAAGAAAGCCUUCCUCAAGGAGCGCAACAAGUACCUCGAGCUGACCAAAGCCCUCCGCGAGGAGCAGGAGGCAAAUCUCAGCUACGAAGAGGAGGCCCUCAGCGAGCUGCAGGAUGCCCUUGCUGGUGGCAGGAUCAAAGCGGCUGCAGUCGAGGCAGGCCCGACUCCGGAGGAGGAACGUGCUUGGGACGACUUGCUACGAGAGGAAGACGAGGACGACUCGAUGGGCCUGGCUGGGAUGGUCAGUGGUGCCCUUGGUGGCAGGCGAGGGAAUCAGCAGGCUGCCAGACAGCAAGCCUUGCAGGCCAUUGCGGCCAGGCGAGCUACCCUACGCGAAGGAGACCCGGCGACGCCACCAAGCAAACGGUCUUAUGCGGCGGCCAUUACGCCGCCAGCGACAAACAGACCGGCCAAGAGCAACAUGGCAGGAGAGGAGGACAAAGCGGCAAGAGACCCCUAUAUGGCCUCCCCUUCUACUACGACUAUGUCAAUGCCGGAGCACCUGCCCAGGCCGAAGUCGCGGACGAGAACGCCUGUGAAGCUCCUUGGCAGGGCACCCUCCAAGACGAGGCCAUCGGGCCGUGGACUCGCGGACAAGCUCGAGGAGCGAAGAGAGGCGAACCGAGUCGGGUUAGAGACAGAGAUUCUGUCGGACGACCCGGACGAGCCGGCGCACAACGACCUCUCGGAGACGGUGGACGCGGAGGAGAAGCCGAACGAGGAGUAG